GACCGUGACUUCGCUUUGCAUGAUGGGAAUGGUUUCCUAUAGCUACAGUUUGUUAUCCUAGACAGAUCAUUAGCAGAGGAAACAUAGGGAAAAUAGCAAAUGGCGGAGUACGUAGAAAACCGGCCUCGAGCUACCGAUUACGGUCUGCGAAUUGAGGAACUGCAACGGAGCCUGAGGGAGUGUGAAAAAAAGAGAUCAGAAUUAGAAAAAAAGUUGUACAGCUCAUCCGAUGUCAAUUUAUGUCAUCUGAAGUACAUGAAGCUGAAGCAUUCUUUGGAACAAUUAUGUGAAAAAGAAACAAAAGCCCGUGUUCGCAACCAGUCAUAUUUACAGGAAUUUGAGCGCCUUGAAACUCACCUGCAUGCUCUUAUAUCAAACACAAGGACGCUUCAACAUAAGCAGAUGCUGCAAGUUUCACGACAAGCCGAAAUUAACACGGGACGAGAUAUGUCAGAGAGAAUGUAUCAUCCAGCAACAAUCUUUAUGGGCCGCCAAAUGUCAGCCAACUCAAGCAUUGAACAUUGCCUUACACAGAAGAAAUCUCCCCAGCCCACAAAGAGCUUUUCAAUUUCUGACCCACAUUCAGUAAGACAGGCGGCAAUAAACAGCACUGUGACAGACAGCUGUGUAGUACCAUCUAAUAGUGAUAUUCAGUGCUUAAAUAAGCCUGACAAAAUAGAUGGGAAGACAUCCUUCCAGAUUAGUCAAAAAAUGCCGGUCACAUCCAUAGAAUCUUCUCAGGAUGGAAGAACACACCGUAUAGAGAUCGACAAGACUGAAAGUGGUAGUAAACAUUCACUUGAAAGCAGGCAAUCUGCACAACUUAGCUCACUGAGCCUGGAAAGAUUAAGUCCAGGGAACAGAGCAGAGGAUUUACAGAAUGACAACCCACGCAACAAGGUGGAAGAAUCAUUGAUGUAUGAAAGCCUGGUUCCUAAUGAAGAAAGAUUUACACACACGAGUCCCUCUGGAUAUUCACCUGAUGCCUGUGAUUACAUAAAUAAACAACCAUCAGAUAAACAUAGUGCCUGUGAAAAUCUGGCCGUUGAUAAAGUGCAAGAUUAUCACUCCAUCCAAAAUCAAGAAGACCAUGAAUUUGGUGACCAUGGAGACAGCAGCAGUGACCUUACAGUGUCUUUUAGUGAUUCUGACAUUAGCGAUGCUGAGCCCCAUGGUUUGAAGGAAAGAAAGCCUCAGCCUACUAUAACAACAAACCCUAAACAGGAGGAAGGUGUAAUAACAGCCAGUAAAGGAACCCUAGAUUUAAAUUCUAAAUCUGCAACAGGCCAGAAUUUGAGUGAAGAUUCUUCUGCAGUCUCUACAAUCAGUCGAAAUAACUUGUCUGACAGAGGAUUCUUUCACUUGCUUCAGUCUAUAGAAGUGAUGAUUGUUCAAAUGGAGCCUCAUCAUGUACAUGUAUAUAACAAUACCGACAUAAAUCAGGCCAAACUGGAUCAUCUCAUAAGCCUUUGUAAUCAGCUGAAGACUCUGAAUGUAGAAGACCUUGAGGCUUGUUCAGCACUCGUCCUCUAUCAGCUCCAGAAGCUGUUGAAGAGCCCACUGACUACAUGCACCUCAUCUAAGAAAAAUCCUAAAGACUGCAAAAGCGAUACAGAUGAAAAGAGGGCUUUCUCAAAAUCAUUAGAAGAACGUGUGCUUGAUCACAUUUCUUUGUUGAAAGAACACCGAAUUUUCAAUGAAAGAGAUCUUCCUAAAUGCUUAUCAACAAUAUGGAUGUGGAACAAUAAACCUCACCAGGCCAUGGCAGGUUUUGUAGAAGAUGGAAAGGAUGUGUCUUCUUCUCAGAGUUGUGUAUCAUUGGGUACCACGCCCCUGAAGACUCGUCAAGCUGAGCAUGAUCUUCAUGGAUCCCUUCGCUACAAAAAUGAGAACUCAAGACAGCAAGUGAACUCAAAUUGGACAGAUGCUACCGCUCAAGACCUCCAGAACCUACAACAAGACCCUCAACACCAAGAAGAGGAAGAUGACGAAGAGGAAAUAAGUGAUGUCUCAGAGCUUGAAAUCCCUGGAUUAGCUGCUGGUGACACCAAUUUCAGGACAAAGACAAAUAAUAAACCGGGCUCAGAUGCUAGUUUAUCAUCAAGUGAAAAAACGUCUAUGUCCAGCAAAGAAAAAACAAACAAGAUACCAGCUAACAUAAAUUCUCUUCCAAUGUCCAUCAACAAGAAGUCUAAAGCAUUCUGGGGUGAAUCUGAAGACAGCAGCUCAGAAAUAGAAGCUAUCCUGAGACCCAAAAAUCAGACUGGAGAGACUGAUGAUUUUGAUGAUUUCUUUGACUAGAACAUUCGAUAUAAAGAUGUGAACCUGGAAACAAGAACAUAAUUUACACUUGUAGAAAGUCUAAAGACUGGUUUAGAGAUAUAUUGUGGUUAUUUAGGUUUGUUUUUCCUUUUGUCUUGGGAUUAAAAUUAUUAUUAAAAUUGUAUUUACACUCGAA